AAGGUCUUCUAGGACAGGGACAUUUAAGACGCGGUCUGGGAGGCUUGCCAUAAGUCUCCUCUGCCUAUACAUUUGAAAGCAGCCCUGUUCUAUCAGCCCAGUCAGAUCCAGCCCAUCAGCACGUCCAUUCUGGCCUCUGACAUAUCAUCCUGUUGCCGUCGUCCCUGACUGAGCUUAUUUGAGCUUCUCAUUGGUUACUCACUUGUUCAGAAACUGAAAAAAAGGAAUGUUCGAGCUGUGCGGCCCAGGUUGUUCAAUGAGGGUCUUGUCUUACAGAUGCAUGUGUACUUCCAGAAGUGCUUUUUCACGUUUAAAACAAACUUACAUAUUGUAGCUGUUGUUUUAGAUGUACAUUUGGCCCUUCUCUGUGUGAUUUAAACUAUAUAUGUCCGUUAUAGAUGUGUCUACUUAUGUAUACUCUGCGAUGGUCUGAAGGGGCAGAUGAAGGAUGACUUAAUCCUCCAAAUCUGCGAAAAUGGGUGGAGCUUGCGCAUUCAUCAGGGUUUUGGCCACAGCACAGAAUUGGGACGAAACUCAGCCGGUAGCCGACCACUAGAGGUUGCGUGUGCAGGAGACUAGGAAUAGGCAGUAGGGAGGAGGGGCGGGCCGCUCCGUCUGAUUAGGGUUUGCGCUGUCAACCCAGGGUCUUGGAUGCAAGACGUAUGUGCACCGGCCGGUUGCUUCAUUUGACACAGAAAUAGGAAGAAUGAAGAAAUAAUUGGUAAUUUAAAAAUCAGCAAGCGUUAAUAUUUAUUGCUAAAGAAAAUACGCAGGCUACCAUCAUCAUCAUCACAUGCUCCGUUUUUAUAACGGGCCGUAGCUAUUGUGCGUUUGGUUGAGUGAUGCUUCCUUGUUCAUCUUCGUCUGUGGUAGAGAUGGAGGGUUGUGCAGACGGCGAGGUGGACGCUCACAGAGUGAAAAAGGAGUGCUCACGACUGACAGAGGAAAGAGAUGAGGCCGAGAGACAGUUGAAGCACAUCAAGCGAGUUUCCCAGAUGGUGAUCGAGGAGGUGAGCGGUUUGCAGACGCAGCUGGACAUAGAAAAAUCCUGCAGGGAGAAUGCAGAAGCGCUCGCUACAAAGUUGAACAGCGAGAACAGGAAACUGAAGUACCUGAGUCUGUCGUCCCGGCCGUGUCUGGACGAGCUGCUGCCCAGUAUCUCUGACUGCAUCUCCCUGGAGGAGGAAUCUGACCCUCAGGACCCAAGCCCUGACCCCUACAGCCAGUACCAACAGCAGGUCAAAGAUCUUCAGGUGACGGUGAACAGUUUUCUGGAGGAGAAGAAACAGCUGGCCUGUCAGAUCCAGGAGCAUCAGAAGCACAUCGAGGACCUCACAACACAGACCGAAAAGGAUCAAGCCGAGAUGAAGGAACUAUACAAAACAAUUGAACAGCAAAGCAAGACCAUUAAGAGGUUUAACAGAGUGUCAAUGAUGGCAGCCCAUGAAUAUGAGGGUCUGAAGGAGCAGCUGGACCUGGAGGAGAACCUGAGGCAGAAGGCUGAGACCUAUGCCCAUGAGAUGCUGGUGAAGCAGAAGGAGGCGAACCGCCAGAGCAUGAUCCUGCUGCAGCAGGCCGACCCCAGCCUUCAGCUCCUCAAGGCCCUGGAGGACGUGGCCAACCUCACCAAGACCCUGGAGCAGGAGAGGCUACAGCACCAGCAGAAGGUGAAGGCUCUGGAGGCCGAGCUGGAGGACUGUGCCCUCAACAAGCAAAUAGCCCAGAUGCAGAAGCAGCUGGAUCUGUUGGAGGAGGAGAAGAAGGAGACGGAGGUCCGACUACAAGAAGAGGAGAAGAAGAAAAGAAGUCUAGAAAGCCAAGUGAGAGAGCUGCUGGAGGCUCAGAAAGGCCCGGAUCCAGACGAAGCAGCAGCAGCAGCAGCAGCAGCAGCAGCAGCAGCAUCAUCAGCCCCGUCUCCUGGGACAGCCCCUCCCCCCGCCCCGCCUCCCCAGCCCCCUCCGCCCCCUCCUCCCCCACCUCCUCCUCCCCCUCCUCCUCCCCCCUCUCGCUGCAACCCCCUCAGCUCUCUCAUUGCCAUCAUGCGGAAGUCGUCCAAGACUGGGAAGGGCUCCCUUAAGACAGAGGCAGCGCCCGAAAGCGAAGGUGCGAAUGAUGUCAAAAAUAAGGCAGUGAAUGAGAUGAUGGAAAGGAUCAAACAUGGAGUGGUUCUCAGGCCGGUGAAAGGACCGGACACAAAGAGAUUUGGAGCGAAGCCACCACCUGCAGUGGAGCCACAAAAACCACAAAAACCACAAGAGAGCGCAAUGGAGGAACUGAAAGGAAUACUGGACACGGUGAAGAAGAGCCCCAGUCGAGGGUUUCAGGAGACACUGCAGGCUAAGAAGGACAGCGAGCUGGAAGUGAUUCUGAGGAGGAGGCGCAAACAAGCCUGUGACCCUGGCUCAGGAGAUGAAAGAGAUGGACUGGCUAAAGUGUCCUCGUCCGACUGCAUGAAUGGAGGCCACAGCUCCGACGGCGCGGGCCGAGAGCCAGUGGCAGCAGGCAGCAGCCCUCAGCUGAGCGCGGAGCCGGCCGAGUCGGCGGUGGGCCCGGAGCACGGCUGUGGCCCGCCUGUGGCCCGGCGCUGCUCUGACACCGGCACCGAUCCCAAGGGAGCCAGGCAGGCGGGGGCCGUCCGCAGGUCCAUGUCUGAGAAGGGGCCGCACGACACUCCGGGCUACAGCGCCCGCUGUGGACGCACUGACAGAAGCGACAAGCAGACAGAGAGUGUGCAGUCCAACGGAAUCAGCCACGCCGUCUCGGGAGAGGAGGCGCACGGCGCCCCGGCCUCCCCCACACCUGACAGCCCCAGUGCAGCCAACGGGAGUCCCACCACCACCACCUCCACCGCAGGCUCCACCGCCACCGCAGGCUCCACCACCGCCGCAGGCUCCACCACUGAGUGCUAGGGGCAGCAGGCAGGACCAGGGCCAUGCUGCACAGAGUGCACAGUCUCCCCUUUGACUUUGUAUUCUCUGGUUUGUUUUGAGUUUCUGAAACACAAAUUUGAAAAGCUUUAGUUAUUUAAAUGUCAAUUUUAUGCACAGACUGACUGCUGGUGUGAGUCUUCUAAAGGGAUACACUUCAAUGAGAAUCAGAACGGUAGCCACCAAUUAACCAACUGGAAUGAGGAAGUGAGAGAGUCUUUGGCUAUGGCUUUGUUAAGCAGCUGAUUUUUGUAAAUCAACGUGGAUGGAGUAAUGUGAUUAUUAUAUAUGCUGAACCUAAUUAUGCAUUUAAUCUAUUUUUCAAUCGAAAUGUAGACCGCCUCUGAAAUACUUUGGUUUCCAGAAGAAUGAAAAUGGUCCAGAUAAGGUUGUGGUCUUUUGCCACUUUUUCUGCAGCACAAUUGAGGGUCAAUGUGUUUGUCCCAAAAACACCUGGUGUGGUUUUCCCCUCUAAGGCUCUGUAGUGAGAUCACAGCAGAGCAGAGCAGAGCAGAGCAGAGCAGAGCAGAGUCCUUCAGUAGAGAGCGAUGUUUACAGAACAGUAAUUAGACCGAUUGUCAUUCAGGAACUAUAUCUCAUAUGAAGGCACUUAUUUUGCUAUUUUGGAUUUGAGCCAGAAUUUAGUGGGUUUCCAUUGUGGCGUCCAACUCUCUGGUGAUGCAUGUGAAAGCUCUGAAUUGUAAAGACAGCCUUGAAGCAGAAAGGUGCUGACAUCCUCAGUCUACCUCCUAUACAACACUUUUGCCUCUUAAUAUUAUCUGAAAUUGUUUGGAGUGUAAAUGUUGAGCAGCUUCAAGGACAGGUGAUCCAGCUUGUAAUGUCUUCCACCUCUGUUCGCCAAAGACACUUUGCACUGAGGAUGCUUCGCACAUGGAGAGCGUUGACUCCCAAGACAGGAGCAGUGAAUCCUGGCACGCUAAUCCCUUGGCUAUUCUAUCCAAAUAAUCCUGCAAUACCCUCUGCAAUAGCAUAGAGUAGUGUAACUGUGCAGAGCCUUACCACCCUCAUGCAUCCUUCACGGUCAUGAUAAGAAAUGUUCAAGUGGUUUUAAGAAAUACCGUUAAGCAACAAAUGAUGACGUCACUCGUCACUUACUUUGCAAUUCCUCCCCUCCAGUGAACCAAUCAGCUGUUUCAGUCCAGAAACCAACAGACUCCACCACGGGUAACUCCUACCUGUUCUUGCUCAUUGUAGACUACUUAAGGAAGAAAAUCUGUACAUGCACCUGUAAACCCUAGAUGAAUUCUAGACACUUCCGGAAUGUUCUCUGGCCUUACCAAACAUGCCGUUUUCUUCUUGCCAUGGCACUCAAUUUAGGUAUUUGCUUUUGUACAAGUAUUUAAACAUGAAAUGUGUCUGAUUUAUUAUUAUUUCUUUUUUUUUUUGCUGUGUGUUUGGCCUCCAAGAAGUUUGUGAACUCAUUUCAAAUUUCCAUCCAUUUUCUCAUUCACUGGCCCUUUUUGAUUAGAUUCCAAUAAAGUUAUUACUGUUAA